CUGAGUGGCAGGAAGAGCUCUCUCUCAUACUUUCCUUGUGUUGGUUUUGUUUAUGCUGUAAAACAUUACCAGGUUAUGGAAAUUCAGCUCUGAAUAGAAAAUAAAGGACUUGUAAAGAGACAUGGAGGCUGUUUUAGGACUGUUGGUGAUCUCAGCAGGAGUGUCUCAUGGCUUGGAGACUUCCUGUGAUGCUAGAGAAGAUGGAUCUCAGUGUUAUGGAGCUCUGGGAGGAACUGUCUAUCUCCAGCUGGUGACUGAUGCCACGAGAUAUGGUGAACUCUCAUUUUAUAAAGGCUCAACUGGUAAUAAAACAGAGAUACUCAGAAUGAAGAAGGACAAAUGGGUAAUAAAAUACACCCCCAUUAAAGACAGAGUACACUUUAUAAACCAUGGGACAUUUAGGUUAAAUAACACAAGAAGGAAUGAUUCUGGUGAAUACCUGAUAGAAACAUUUAAUUCAGUAGGGUUAGCAUCAGGGACCAGAGGACUACAACUGUUCAUCGAAGCUCCAGUGUCCUCUCCUCAGCUGUCCUCUGAGUGUCUGUCCCAUGGAGAGAUGAGAGUGUCCUGCUCCUCUGAGGGGGAUGGUCCCCAGUACAGCUGGACUCUGGAUGGACAGACGCUGAGAGACACUGAGACCUCUCCUGGUGAAGAGACAAACACCAUCACUCUGAAGAAAGGCCUGUCAGGAGAUCUCACCUGUACCAUCAGAAACUACAUCAGCAGUGAUACUGUCAGCAGGAGAAUCUUACCUUGUCCAGGGCUGAWAUAUGUUAACUGCACCUCAUCCAACGGGACAAGAGUAUCAGAGUGGGUGAAUGCCACUKGUAAUACYCUGUGUGUUGAGUCUACAACAGUGGCGACUGUGACUGUKGAGACUACAACAGUGGCGACAGUGGCGACUGUUGAGUCCCCCACCAGUAAAACCUCCACUGAACAUUCAGCAGAAAUCUCCUCAUGGGCAGGAACAGGGUUCAAUGUGUUUGUUUAUUUCCAACUUGCUGAAGUCAUCAUUCUGCUGACAAUCUGUCUGGGAUCAUACUGUUUCUACAAGAAGAAAACCUGUCCUCAAGAAAAAGAUGAUGGUGAGUAAGCAGAGUGUUUGCAGUCUCUCAGGUGGAUCACGGUGGGACUCAAAGGGGGGUGUUGAUGUCAUGAAAGUUGCCAUGGGGACAUCACUAAUGACUAAUGAUGAUGUUAUACUGCUUAUUUGCUGUGUUUAAUCUUAAUCAAGCUCAAACUCAAAGCACAGUCAUUAUUAGUUCUUUUGACAAACAUUUGUAUAGUUUCA